AUGUUAUUCUCAGGUACUACAUCUGGAUCAUCAUACAAUUCAAACUCAGUUCAACGCGACUCAACUGGUAGCUCUUCAAGCAAUCAACCAGGAUAUCUUCCCGAUUAUCAAGGCGAUCGAUACACUGACCCACAACGAAUUGCCGAAACUCAAGCAUUGAACAAGGCAUUCUUCGAUUCGAUUGGAGGUGCUCCAUCACCUCCACCAGAGACUCCAGCUCAACAAGGAAUGAAUGGAUCAUCUGGAUCAACAACAUCUCCAACCGGUCAGUAUAAUCAACAGCAAUACAACAAUCAACAAUACAAUCCACAACAACAACAACAACAGCAAUACGGUAGUACCACUUCUUACUCAUCAAAUGGUCAAGCUAUGUAUCAAACUGGCUCAACCAAUUAUCCAACUCUCUAUCAACCAUCCGCUUCUUCCCCACAAUACAGUAACGGUUCCACUUCGACCACAUAUUCUCCAACCUCAACUUAUGGAUAUUCGAACCAAUACUACAAUCCAUCAUCCACGUCGACUUCAACCGUAUACAGAAACCCAUCAACUUCAUAUGGAAACACUCAACAACAACAAGGAAACCAGAACUUUGUUGCAUAUGACACAACCAAUCAGAACUCUCCGUAUUAUUAUCAAAGAGUUCCAUCAACUGCUCAAUAUAAUUCCGUUCUGGGAGUAAAUGCUGGAUUCCCUCAAAACUCGAAUCAAGUAUUGAGAGAUCAAUCAAAUCAAGGAAUGUACAACACUCAAACAACUCAAGGAUAUGGUAACCAAGAAUAUCAGAACCAGAUGAUGUACAACAAUCCACAAAAUACCCAAACGAGUACUUUCAUGUAUGCGAGCAGCACUCAACAACAGCCCCAACAGUACAACAACAAUCAACAACAACAGUACGGUAACAACCAACAACAACAAUACAACACUAAUCAACAAAUGGGAUCAACUGGAUACAAUAAUCAACUCAUGUACAAUCCAAGUUCUCAACAACAGUACGGAAGCAGUACUCCAUCACCUCAAUAUUCAGCUGACUCAAUCUCUUGUUGUUCCCAAGUCAGCUCAACCUGUUGUUAUCAAACUCAACAAGGAGGAUAUAGUGCUCAGCAACCAUCAAAUAAUGCUCAAUAUUCUCCAUCUGUUUAUCAGUAUGGACGAAAAUAA